UCAAUUAAGUUAUUGGUUUUCGAGAUAGCUAUAUGCUGAUUGCACUAUCAAUUAGUUUUUGCAUGCAAGUUUCCAAUGGUUAUUUUAGCAUAUGGAUAGAGAAUUAUCGAAUUAAGAGGUGUACUGGACUUGAAAACGAUGUUUGUAGGUACGUACGGCUCUAAAUUGUACUUUUGUUGAGUAUCUCACAUUGAAAAAAGUGGAGGAACCUCAUAGUUUUUAUAAGAUGUGUGAGUUAUUAAUAUAGUAUUAGAGCUCAUGAAACUCAAAUGGGUAUUCGGUAAUCCAAGAAUGGUAAAUCCAAAGAGGCACCAUCUUGAGGAGGCGUGUUGAGGAUCUCACAUAGGAAAAAGUAGAGAGUCCUCAUAAUCUUUAUAAGAUAUAUGAGUUACUCUUCUUAUUGCUAAUUGAUUUUGAGAUAAAACCCCAUGUUUUUCUUAUACUUUUUCCACAUCGAGAGAGAUGCUAGAUCGAGAAGGCUUCGGAGGGGCUUCUUUCCAUGGCUCUAUUAUUGAGUAUAUGCUCUUUUACUACUUCCAUGAUAUUGCAUCAUAUUCAAUCAAAUACUAUUGUAUCAGCACCUGGACUCUGCAAUGGGGGGGGGAAUGCAGUUUCUACAAACAUUGGCAAGCUAUUAGAGAGGCGAGGGAAAGAGUUUUUGGGGUCAAGUUAUAGAGACCCCUUAUCAAGCUUCUCCUCUUUCCAGGAGUUUUCAGUCUCAAACCCCGAGGUCUAUUGGAGAACUGUACUAGAUGAGAUGAAUAUAACAUUUUCUAAGCCUCCUAACUGUAUCUUGCAAGUAAAUAAUUCUCCAGAAAGAAAAUUUUCAAGCCGGGGUGGCCAAUGGCUUCCUAGAGCAGUGUUUAAUCCGGCUAAAGAUUGUUUAUCUUUAAAUGAGAACAGAAGUUUGGAUGAUGUAGCAAUCAUAUGGCGUGAUGAAGGAUGUGAUGAUCUGCCUCUGAAGAGAUUGACACUUAGAGAAUUGCGUGCAGAGGUUUGGUUAGUUGCACAUGCUCUCAAAUCAAUAGGUUUUGAGAAGGGAACUGCAAUAGCAAUAGACAUGCCAAUGAAUGUAAAUGCUGUGGUCAUCUAUCUUGCUAUAGUUCUGGCUGGUCAUGUGGUUGUCUCCAUAGCUGAUAGUUUUGCUGCUCGUGAAAUAUCCACAAGACUUGAUAUAUCAAAAGCAAAAGCUAUAUUUACACAGGAUCUUAUUAUUCGUGGGGAUAAAAGUAUACCCUUGUAUAGUCGAGUUGUAGAUGCUCAGGCACCUCUGGCAAUUGUAAUUCCGACCAAUAGCACUGGUUUUAGCAUGAAACUACGAGAUGGUGAUAUUUCUUGGCUUGCCUUUUUGGACAGAGUCAAAGAUUUGAAAGGAGUGGAAUUUGCUGCAGUGGAGCAAUCAGCAGAAUCAUUUACAAAUAUUCUUUUUUCAUCGGGAACAACAGGAGAGCCAAAAGCAAUUCCAUGGACCCUUGUAACACCUUUGAAAGCUGCAGCCGAUGCAUGGUGCCACAUGGACAUUCAUAAAGGUGAUGUUGUUGCUUGGCCCACUAAUCUUGGAUGGAUGAUGGGGCCAUGGUUAGUUUAUGCUUCAUUAUUAAACAAGGCUUCCAUGGCAUUAUACAAUGGAUCCCCACUUAGUUCUGGAUUUGUUAAAUUUGUACAGGAUGCUAAAACAACAAUGCUUGGGGUGAUUCCAAGUAUUGUCCGUUCAUGGAAAAGUACAAACUGCACAUCAGGUUAUGAUUGGUCUUCCAUCCGUUGUUUUGCCUCCACUGGAGAAGCAUCUAGCGUAGAUGAAUACCUGUGGCUAAUGGGAAGAGCUUGCUAUAAGCCUAUCAUCGAAUAUUGUGGUGGGACAGAGAUUGGUGGUGGAUUUGUUACAGGGUCACUAUUGCAGGCUCAGGCCUUGGCGGCUUUUAGCACACCAGCUAUGGGGUGCAGUCUCUUUAUUCUUGGCGAUGAUGGUUCUCCUAUUCCACAAAAUAUGCCAGGAAUUGGUGAAUUGGCGCUCGGACCUUUCAUGUUUGGAGCUUCUAGCAGUCUCUUGAAUGCCGACCAUUAUGAUAUCUAUUUUAAGGGAAUGCCCCUUUGGAAUGGAAUGGUAUUGAGAAGGCAUGGAGAUUUGUUUGAGCGUUCUUCUCGAGGAUAUUAUCGUGCACAUGGUCGUGCAGAUGAUACAAUGAAUCUUGGAGGCAUAAAGGUGAGUUCGGUCGAGAUUGAACGCAUCUGCAAUACAGUCGACAAUAACAUUCUUGAAACAGCUGCUAUCGGGGUACCACCGCAGGGUGGUGGGCCCGAACAAUUGGUGAUUGCAGUGGUAAUCAAGAAUCCAGGUGAAACUGGCCGAGAUUUGGAUAAAUUAAAGCAGUCUUUCAAUUCAGCUCUCCAGAAGAACCUCAAUCCAUUAUUCAGGGUUCAUCGGGUGGUUCCUUACCCUUCCCUUCCAAGGACUGCAACAAAUAAGGUUAUGAGAAGGAUAUUGAGGCAGCAGCUUACACUUGAACACAAAACAAAGCUCUGAAUUGUAAACCUCUAAAACCUCCCAAAACUCAACGAGAAACACUCUUGAAUUGGCCGUUUAUGAGGAUAAGAAAAUGUUAUUUCGAGCCUCUUCUCGGACAAACUGAAGGCUAUAUGGAAAAGCUUGUACUACGAAAAGACUUGUAAGACAGAGCAGAACACCUUUGAGUAUUUGAAGAUGUUAUUUUCUUCGUUGUUAAUAUAAUAAUUGGUGUCUAUAUUAGAUCCAAA